AUGGCCGAGUCGCAAGUAGCAACAGCAGAUAUUGCAUACGCUUCCAGCAAUGUAAUAUACACAAUUGAACCUACACCACCAUUAUUCGGAAAAUACCACACAAGCUUCACCACCGAAGUAGCACGACGUGAAAAAGAAAAAGCUAAAAAUAUUUUUGGCGAAAUUCCUAAAGUACACAUACUGUUGGCAAACAGUGACCCCUUUUCAAAAGUACAUGCAGAAAACGCAAGUGGUGGCUUAGUUUCGGUGCUUACCACCUCAAAAACAUUGAUACCCGCCAUACCACAUCUUUAUAAAAUUGCCAAUGAAAAAUCGGCGUUGGUAAUUCACGUAGCGGUUGAUUUGAAUCCGACGAAUAAUCUUGCUGAUUAUUCGGAUGUGCUGGCAGUUCGUCAAACUGGAUUUGCAUUAUUGAAAUCCAACGGUGGACAGGAAACGAUGGAUGUUGCAUUGAUUGCUCAUGCUCUGGCUAUAAAGACUGGAGUACCUGUAUUGCAUUUUUUUGAUAAGCAAUUGCCACGAUUAUUGGUGUCUUCAGCGUCGUCAAUUUCUUCUAUUUCAUCUAUGAGAUCUACAACGCCUGAUCCUGAUAGACAUGAAAGGCUCACAUAUUUUGGUCACGAUAUUAUUAAAUUGAUUAUUCAUGAAGCGGAUAUUGUGAAAUAUCGUGAAUCUCGGAAGGCUAUUUCAGACCAAAAAGAUAAUCCGAAAGAAAUUUAUUUUCGAUCCGUUGAUGAAUUGACUUUGAAUCAUCAUAAUGACAGUACUGACGAUGAAAAUGAAAAUGUUGAUUACUUUAAAAUUGCAGAUCAUGUAUUUAAACUUUUUGAAAGAAAUUCAGCACGUUCUUAUCAUACUAUUGAAUUUUCCGGAGACCAAGACGCCGAUUCACUCCUAAUUACAUUAGGAGCUGGGCCUGUAGUUUUUGAACAAGCAAUUCUACAAGGGAUUCAAUCCCAUUCUAAUCUCAAAGUCGCUGUGAUAAAGAUACGGUUAUAUCGUCCGUGGUCAGAUCAAUAUUUGUUAAAUGUCAUUCCAAAGUCAGUCAGAAAAGUUGCUGCAUUAGAACAAAUCAGUAAGCCCACAAUACAGUGGACACCAUUGUAUCUGGACGUGACAUCAGCAUUUCAUAAUAGUGAAUUCUGGUUGACAGAAAUUCCGAGUAUUUUUAGUGGUUCUUUUGGUAGUCUUGAUGAAAGAUCUCUUGAUGGUGCUAUUCAAGCAGUCUUUGAUAAUCUGUCAUUGAGUGAUCCGCUAAGAGACUUUAAUUUUGAUAAAUAUCAAUCUUCAAAAGAUUUGAAUAAUAUUUCUUAUGACGUGGAUCCAAAGCCAAUUCUUGAACCUCCUGCAUUAGAAACCUCGUAUUUCAAUAUGCUUAAAGAAUUAUUUGCAGAUAGAUUAUAUGUGGCAAAUGCCAUUUCAAAAUCUACUGUAGGAUAUCUCGAAUCAAUAAAAUCAACUCCGGAAUUCGGAUUUGGAGUAUUGUUGACAAAAAUCCAAAACCGAGCACAAUUUUCUGACCUGGUGUCAAAAGUGGUUAAAGAUGUAUCAAUUAUACUACCCGAGGACCUUCAUUCCGCUCUUACACAGUGGAUUUUGCAUAAAGAUGACUCUAAUCUCUCAAGUAUACAUAGCCAAAAAGCAAUAGAAUUACUAUCCGAUCCAAAGUUAAGGGAAAAUCAUCCAUCCCUUAAAGAAAUUUAUGACCAUAAAGAUCAAUUUGUCAAGCCUGCACAAUGGCUGAUUGGAUCAGACGCAUGGUCUUAUGACAUUGGUUAUUCUGGUGUUCAUCAUGUAAUAUCUUCUGGAAAAGAUAUUAAUCUUUUAAUUAUUGAUUCACAACCGUACGAUCCAUACGAGGCUGAUGACCCUGAAAAACGAAAGAAAGACAUUGGUCUUUACGCUAUGAAUUAUGGUGACGUUUAUGUUGCAUCAAUAGCAGUCUAUUCUUCUUAUACACAAGCCUUACAUGCAUUAUUGGAAGCAGAAAAGUUUAAAGGACCUUCAAUCGUGUUGGCUUAUUUACCAUAUGAAAAAGUCAACGAUACUACAAUUACAGUAUUAAAAAAUACAAAACGGGCCGUUGAUUCUGGAUAUUGGCCACUAUAUCGAUGGAAUCCUGCAUUAGAAAAAGAAGGAAAAGAACCUUUCUCAUUGGACUCCGAACGAAUAAAACAAGAACUUCAAGCAUUUCUUGAUCGAGAGAAUCAUCUUACUCAACUUGUACGUGCUAAUCCUGAACUUGCAACAACUCUUACAUCAUCUUUAGAGUCGGAAAUUGCUUCUCGCCAAAAAUCUCGUGCUAAAUCUGCUUACGAAAAAUUAUUGGGUGGAAUGACAGGUCCUCCGCUUUUAAUACUUUUCGGAUCUGAUGGUGGCAAUGCUGAAGGAGUUGCACGUAAAUUACUAAAAAGUGCUCUAGAACGUGGUUAUAAUGGUGAAUGUAAGGCGAUGGAUGAUUAUCCGUUCGAGGAUCUUGCCACAGUACAAAACCUAGUAAUUGUUUGUUGUACGGCGGGGCAAGGUGAAUUUCCUCAUAAUGGACGCGAGUUUUGGAAAUAUAUCUCGUCAGCAACUGAUAUUUCUUUAUCAGAGACUUUAUUCUCAGUAUUUGGACUAGGAGAUAGUCAUUAUUGGCCACGUAAAGAAGAUGCAAUUUAUUAUAAUAAACCUGGAAAUGAUCUAAAUACUCGCCUAAAAUUACUCGGUGCAAAACAAAUAACACCUUUAGGCUUAGGAGAUGAUCAAGAUCCAGAUGGCUAUGAAAGUGAACUCCAGCUUUGGGAACCUAUGCUUUGGAAAGCUUUAAAAAUGGAUCAUCCAGCUGAAGAAAGAUUAAAAAUCCUUGAAGAGGAAUGGGAAAAGAUAAAGGUACCAAGAGAGAUUAAGACUGAUGAUGACGCGAAGAUCGAAUCAAAUUACUUACGAGGAACAAUUGUAAAAGGACUAGAAGAUACAUCAACUGGAGCAUUAUCUGAAGCUGAUACAAAAUUGACGAAAUUUCAUGGAAUUUAUCAGCAAGACGAUCGUGAUCUUAGGCAAGAACGGAUGGCUCAAGGAUUAGAGAAGGCUUUUAUGUUUAUGGUUAGAGUGCGUGUUCCCGGUGGAGUUUCUACUUCUCAGCAAUGGCUUGCAAUAGAUGAAAUCGCAGAUAAAUGGACAAAUGGAACAAUAAAAUUGACAACUCGCCAAGCAUUUCAAUUACAUGGAGUACUUAAACGUAAUUUGAAGUCAACAAUACGAGGAAUCAAUAAAAGUUUAUUGGAUACACUUGCGGCAUGUGGUGAUGUAAAUCGUAAUGUAAUGUGUAAUCCAAAUCCAUUCUUAUCAGAAAUUCAUGAAGAAGUAUAUGAAUUUUCAAAGAAACUAAGCGCACAUUUAUCGCCUAAAACUUCUGCAUAUCAUGAGAUAUGGCUUGAUGACAAACUGGUAGCAGGACAAGCUGUUCAAGACGUUGAACCAUUAUAUGGACCAACUUAUCUACCUCGAAAAUUCAAAAUUGCAAUCGCUAUUCCCCCAAAUAAUGACGUAGAUGUCUUUGCACAUGAUGUAGGAUUUAUUGCAAUUACCGAUGAGAAUGAUAAAUUAGUAGGAUAUAAUGUGUCAGUAGGUGGUGGAAUGGGAAUGACUCAUAAAAACAAUCUAACAUAUCCACGUCUUGGUGAUAUAAUUGGUUUCUGUUUACCAGAACAAGCGAUCGACGUUGCAGAAAAAAUAAUGCUGGUACAAAAAGAUUUUGGAGAUCGUACUAAUCGUAAGCAUGCUCGUCUCAAGUACACAAUUGAUGAUCGCAGUGUGGAAUGGUUCGUUGGUGAACUUGAAUCACGUUUGGGAUAUAAAUUGCAAAAAUUGCGUGAUUUCCAAUUUGAAAAUAAUGCCGAUAGAUUUGGAUGGACGAGAGGUGUAAAUAAUAGUUGGCAUUUUUGUAUGUAUAUUGAAAAUGGACGAGUUAAAGAUUCACCGGAGGCAAAAAUUAAAACUGGACUUAAAGAAAUUGCAAGUCUGAAUAAAUGUGAUUUCCGAUUAACCCCCAAUCAACAUUUAAUUAUCGGAAAUGUUGCAGAACAAGAUAAGUUGCAAAUAGUAGAAUUAUUACAAAAAUAUAAAUUGGAUAAUUUGCAAUAUACCGGCCUAAGAUUAAAUUCGAUGGCAUGUGUAUCAUUGCCUACGUGUGGACUUGGAUUGGCUGAAUCAGAACGAUAUCUUCCAUCGCUUGUCUCAAAAUUAGAGACAAUAAUCGAAGAGGUGGGUUUACGUAACGAUGCAAUAACAAUACGCAUGACCGGAUGUCCGAAUGGAUGUGCUCGACCGUAUGUGGCUGAAAUAGCAUUUGUUGGGACAGAGCCUGAAACAUAUAAUGUUUACUUAGGAGGUGGAUUCCGCGGACAACGACUAAAUAAACUGUACAAAGAAAGCUUAAAAGAAGAAGAGAUUCUUAAAGUGUUAAAACCAAUUUUACAUCGAUAUUCUAAGGAACGAUUAACUGACGAGAAGUUUGGAGAUUUUGUGAUUCGUAUGGGAUAUGUUAAACCUACUACCUCUG